AUACAGAGUAUAUUGUUGCUAGUCCCAAUGAACAUGCCACAGUGAAAUCCCUAGGCAAGAGAAGUGAGAUGUUGCGGCUGUGCCUGUGACCGUUGGCUUUCUAACUCUCAAAUCGAAACCAACAACACCAUCCUCUACCUCCAAUCUUCAAACUCCCAAGUCCAAUCCUUUUUGCAUCCAUGAAUUCUUCUGGCUACGAAUACGAUCAACCCCAACCCUCUUCGGUUUACCCUCCUCGCCUCCCAAUCGCCCCUGAACCGCCUAAUUCUGCUCAACCCUCACAAACCCACAAGCUCAACCCGGUUCAGGGACCGCCAGUUCCCGGUUCCGUUAAACCUGCGGCAGCGGCAGCGGUAGCAGGAGCUCUCCCUCAGCUUGUAGGGAGCGUUGACGGAGUCCGGAGAGAACCGAUUGGGCUAUCUCAAUACAGAGGUAGAGGUCGCAGGGGUGGUCGACAAUUUAGAGGUGUUGGGCGUGGCCGAGUGAAUCACCCCCAUGGUAGGGGACUGAAUCACCCCCGUGGUAGGGGACGUGGUAGGGGUGGUAAUGGUAGACAGUUCCCAUCUCAUUCUUCUGAACCCUCCAUUUCUAAUAAAGCUGACACAGCUGGUGCUGCUGGAGCCACUUCGGUGGUGCAACCAUCAUCAGUCCCCCGGAAGUCACCAUUAACUAAUCCAGCACAAAUUCCUACUGCAUCAUUGCAGGUCCCACCAUGUAAGUUGUGGUGUGAAAUUUGUAAGGCAGAGUGUAAUACUCCAGAAAUGUUGGAGCAGCAUAAGAAUGGAAAGCGGCAUCGGAAGAAUUUGCUAGUGCAUGAAGAAUUGCAAAGACUCAGAGCUAUAAAUGGACAACAGGGUGAAAGUAUUUCUAAUUCUCGAUCAAAUUUAACAAUCCAGCCUGAGAAAGUUCACAAUGCUGAAGCUACAGCUGAUAAUCACAAGGCUGAAACUGAGGUUUGGAAUAAUGUGGGAGGAAAAUCUGAUGUUCAAUCUGAAGAGCUUCAGGAGGAACCUGGAGAAAAAGCUGUUGUACUGGGACAUGGUUUCAAGCGUAAGAUGAGAGGAGAGAGGGGAGGUAAAUACAUGAGGAGUAAUGAUGGGUCAAGAAAACCAAGGGAACUUCCAAAACCUAGGCAGGUUACAUCUUUCAUAUGUGAGUUGUGCAAUGUUAAAUGUGAGUCCCAGGUUGUCUACAAUAGUCAUUUGACUGGGAAGAAGCACUUAUCAAAUUUCAAGCGUGUCCAUGGACACCAAACUUUGAAUGGAGAAGCAGGGAUCCAACCACCUCAGCCAUCUGACAUCAAUGCUCUGACAAAUUCAAAUAAUUUUCCAGUACAGCAAGGUAUUGGUGAUCCACAGGUCCUUUUGGCUCAGCUCCUGAUGACUGUGCUAUCAAGAGUCCCAGUACUAGCAACAGCACCACCAGCAGGUCCGGUGGCUGCUCAGUUACAAGUGCCCCCUUCAGUGGCUGGAUCAAGCCAUGAACCCCUUUCUCAAAAUUUAACUCAGACACAAGUCUCAGAUUCAUUACCACAUUUUGAGAGUGAGAAUCCUACAGGGGAAACAAAAAAUCAGAUGUCAUCUAGCUCACUGUAAUAAGUGCAACAUUAAAACUGCAGAUGGAGGAUCGUCAACUGAAGAAACUGUGCCAAAACUUUCCCAGCAUAGUUCUGUUAUGACCCCAGCAAAAAACCUGGUUGCCGCUGCAAAUACCCAAGUACCUACAUAUCAUGAAGCUCCAACAUCAUAGACAUUUAGCAGGGCCAGAGAAGAUCCAAUCAUUUUUUGUUUCUCUUCCAGUCCAGGAUUUCAUUUUGCAAUACUUUCAUGUGCUUUUAUUAAAUAUUUUAACGCAUUUUGAACUGACACAGAUAGAGUUCCCAUGCCUAGGCACCGCAACAUGACCAUUAUACAGAUGUCUUAAAACAUUAUCCCUAAUCUUUGCCGGAAAUGCUUUAUGAAUUGCUGUUGAGGAUGUUGGGUAUACUUGCCAGAAAUCCAUUCCUGUGCUGCAACUCUUUCAACGCGCUUAGUGACUGUUGUACAUGUAUACCUAGCUGAAGUAGCGGCAAGUCGGCAACACUAUUAAUGUUCCAAAGUGGCCGGACAAGAGUUUGCUAAAGCGGCAGUAUAUUAACCUUUCAAAUCUCUUUUACAAUAUUAGUUUCUAAGAAGUAUAAAAUUAUCACUAAAUUCAAAUAAAAAAAUAAUGAUAAUUCUACAUAUUUAAAAGAUUAAUUUAAUUAAAAAAAAUAUGUAAAGGGUUAAUACUAUUUUUGAAGAAAAGUUUAGAAAUCAAAACCUUUUAAGAAAUAAAUUGAGAAUUUAUUAUUUUUAAUUAUGAAAUUUUUUUCUUAAAACGUCGAUUUUAACUUUUAACAAUACACAAUGAUUAAAUAUGCCUUAAGUCACUCUUAUGCUUCUAACUCAAAGACCAAGUCAAAGACCAAAUUAAGCUUAAGCGUGUGUCCAUUAGUAAAUUCUGAAAUCUAGGAAAAGGCCCAUAAAUCACCUUUUCCAUCUUCAACCAACGAAUCGUUUGUAGUUUUGAUCUUUAGAUAAAACACUUCAUAUUUUUAAAAUGUAGUAUCAAAUCAUGGGCAGUGAAGGGAGUCAAGAUCAGCGUGAAGUUUUUGAAGAAAUUUAAUCAUGUUCAAGAGAGACGCUGCCGGGAUGGAGGGACAUAGUUCUUGUCAUACAAGUGAUUUGAAGAAAAUGUUGUGUCUGAUAUAAAAGCCCUUACAACCUGACUGAAUGGGUUGCUAAACUGAUGUUUUUGGGAUGAAAAUUAAUGAAAAGAAUUUGUAAGUUUAUGAAGUACGAAAGGGAAGAAAGAUUUGAGUAAACAUAUAAGUAAGGAAUUUUAUUGAGUUUCUAUGCUUGUAAGCUUGAUGCCGCAUCCCAUUUUUAUAGUCAUUCAUGCAAAUGCAAACAAAAGUUAUAUUUAUUAUAUACAUAAAAAGUAAGAAAACUUUUGUCAAAUAAGAGCAACAAAUUUCAAGCUUUAGCUAAAAAUGCUAUUCUAAGAGGAGAGCAUACAUUUCUUCUUAUAUAGUUAAUACAUCCAUUUUGUUGCAUAUUAUUGGAAUUAGUGCAUUGAUCUUUGCAAAAAACUUGGUGACUCUAGUUGGGGAGUUCCAAGCCAUAAGUCAUUAUGAUGAAUGGUUUUGAUUAUGUCAUAUCUUUUGGGAACACACAAUCUUUAAUUACAGGGCAUUUGUAAUCGAUUAUAAGAGAGAUUGCAAAAUUAAGAUCCUUUUUGGACUCAAUGUAAUCAAUUACACAUUUAUGUAAUCAAUUAUUGUGCAUGUUUAAGUGAUAGAAGUGGACUUCUCUCUCUUUCCACUGGUGAAUUUUCUCUUUCCUCUUAACGUCUCUCUCUUUGAUUUCUCUCCUGUUUCUCAACCAAAUUUAGUCAAAAACAACUUCUAAAUUUGUCAUCUUUGCUUCCUCUACAAAUCUAACUGAAUAGUUUUCACCAACAGUCCUCUUAAAUGGCUAAAUCAUCUAGG